GUUGUAGUCCCCGCAGGGCGGGGGCACGAGGCCCAGGCUCCGCUUCCUUCCGGUCGUUACCGCCCACGGGCUCGUGCGGCGCCACCUCCUGGGCUCCGUUGCAGCGGACGCCAGUACCGGGCUCCAGGAGACGCAGGGUGACUCCGGACGCCGGGGCCGCAGACUGGGUCAGCGCGGGCCGCACCUCCUCGCCAUGGGCCCCCUCUCGGCGCGGCUGCUAAUGCAGCGCGGGCGCCCCAAGAGCGACCGACUGGGGAAGAUCCGGAGCCUGGACCUGUCAGGGUUGGAGCUGCUUUCCGAGCACCUGGACCCCAAGCUCCUGUGCCGCCUGACACAGCUGCAGGAGCUGGACCUGUCCAACAACCGGCUGGAAGCGCUGCCGGACAACCUGGGCCUGUCCCACCUGCGUGUCCUCCGCUGCGCCAACAACCAGCUGGGGGAUGUCACUGCCUUGUGCCAGUUCCCCAAACUCGAGGAACUCAGCCUGGAAGGCAACCCCUUUCUGACGGUCAAUGACAACCUGAAAAUCUCCUUUCUCCUGCCCAAGCUCCGUAAAGUCAACGGCAAGGAUGCGUCGUCAACUUACUCUCAGGUGGAGAACCUGAACCGGGAGCUGACCAGCAGGGUCACAGCUCACUGGGAGAAGUUCACGGCCACACUGGGCCCUGAAGAGGAGGCUGAGAAGACCCAGGCGGACUUUGUGAAGUCGGCCGUCAGGGAUGUCCGCUAUGGGCCCGAGUCCCUCAGCGAGUUCACCCAGUGGCGGGUGCGGAUGAUCUCUGAGGAGCUGGUGGCCUCCAGUAGGACACAGGUACACGAGGCUGACAGCCCAGAGAAGCCCCCAGAAGCCGGAGCUGCCCACAAGCCCAGGGCCAGACUGGUGGCCUUGAAAAGGCCGGAUGAUGUCCCACUCAGCCUCUCUCCCAGCAAGCGGCCUCUGAUGAAGCUGGAGCCCCUGCACUUCCUGCAGUGCCACAGCAAAAACAACAGCCCUCGGGACCUCGAGACGCAGCUGUGGGCCUGCGCCUUUGAGCCAGCCUUCGAGGAGGGGGCCACAUCCCAGACUGUGGCCACGUGCGGCGGGGAGGCCGUGUGCGUGAUUGACUGCCAGACGGGCAUCGUGCUCCACAAGUACAAGUCGUCUGGUGAGGAGUUCUUCUCUGUGGCCUGGACCGCCCUGAUGGUGGUCACACAGGCCGGCCACAAGAAGCGCUGGAGCGUGCUGGCAGCUGCGGGCCUGCGGGGCCUGGUCCGGCUGCUGCACGUGCGUGCCGGCUUCUGCUGCGGGGUCAUCCGGGCCCACAAGAAGGCCAUCGCCACCCUGUGCUUCAGCCCUGCCCACGAGACCCACCUCUUCACGGCCUCUUAUGACAAGCGGAUCAUCCUCUGGGACAUCGGGAUGCCCAACCAGGACUAUGAAUUCCAGGCCAGCCAGCUGCUCACGCUGGACACCACCUCCAUCCCCCUGCGCCUCUGUCCCGUCGCCUCCUGCCCGGAUGCCCGCCUGCUGGCCGGCUGUGAGGGUGGCUGCUGCUGCUGGGACGUGCGGCUGGACCAGCCCCAGAAGAGGAGGGUGUGUGAAGUAGAAUUCGUCUUCUCCGAGGGCUCCGAGGCUUCUGGACGGAGAGUGGAUGGGCUGGCAUUUGUGAAUGAGGACGUCGUGGCCUCCAAGGGCAGCGGCCAGGGCACCAUCUGCCUUUGGAGCUGGAGGCAGACAUGGGGUGGCCGGGGCAGCCAGUCCACGGUGGCGGUGGUGGUCCUGGCGCGGCUGCAGUGGUCGCCCACCGAGCUGGCCUACUUCUCACUCAGCACCUGUCCUGAUAAGGGGAUCGUGCUCUGCGGGGAUGAAGAGGGCAACGUGUGGCUCUACGAUGUCAGCAACAUCCUGAAGCAGCCGCCCCCGCUGCCGGCGGCCCCGCAGGCCCCCACACAGAUCCUGAAGUGGCCCCAGCCCUGGGCCCUUGGCCAGGCGGUGACCAAGACCAUGGUGAACACGGUGGUGGCCAAUGCCUCCUUCACCUACCUCACUGCCCUGACAGACUCCAACAUCGUAGCCAUCUGGGGGAGGCCAUAGCCUCACGCGUCGCAAAGGACCAGGGACACAGCUAACUAACUUAUUCAGCUCUGGGGUGAUAGGGGGUGGGGGGGUGGUGUCCCUAUCAAUCUGAGUAUUUUUAUUAAACUCUGGUCGAGAAGCCUGUGGAAAGGUGUUCCUACUUUGAUUGACAGGCUGGCCCAGCAGCUGAGGCUUCUAGAGCAGAGAGCCAUGGGAGCUCAUGGGUUUGCACGCUUCCC